CUCUCUGAGCGUCACCCGAGAGAGACUCAAGGCGCGGUCAUGCCCAGCUCUAAGUCAGUUGGAGGAGGAGGAAGGAAGGGAAGGAGGAGGAGGAGGAGGGGGGGCGCAGGAGUUUCCCCGACCCCGCUCACGCCUGGGAGUGAUUACCUCCUCUUCCACCUUGUCGUCACCCUCAUCCUUAGCCAUGUCGCAGCGCCUGUCAUCCUCAGACAUUAACCUUCCUACUGUUCCAAAUAACCCUAGUUCUUCCAAACCUCACAUAUCCAUAACCAAUACCCAGUUGCCGAACCCUGCCUUUGAGGCAUUUGUUCCCAACCUUAGCCCAGUGUCCUCUCCUGUGAAAACAGCAGAUAUCACCAUCACACCUCCAGCACCUAUUUCUGAUAUACCUACAGUUAAAAAUACUAAUAUUAAUAUGAAUGUAAAUACAAUAUCAUCAACAGAAACAUGUAAUUUAUCCACCUCUGUAGCAGAUACACCAGUAUCGGUAACACCUCAUCCAGUCAUAUCAUCUUCCAUAAGUCCAACCACCACAGUCACCAACAAUACGACAACCACUUUAAGUCCCAUGCCAACUUUAAGUCCGACUCACAGGCCUUUGGGACAGUCACUCUCAACCCCAAUAUUACCAGGCUCAUCCCCAUUACUGCCAUCUGCGAUAACCCCCUCCUCCUCCAUGGUUACUACCUCCACCUCCACCACCACCAUCACCACCGCUGGCCUGGCCUCUCUCUCUACUAACCAAACUACUAACAACAAGGACCCCCGGCUGCUGGCACGGUCCGCAUCCCUGAGAGAAAGAAUUCAGAGGAAUCAUGUGGACAGCAUGGCGCGUGUCACUCUGCCUCAGGAGCCCAAUGUGUCCACCAGCUCAGUCGUCACCACCAAUGCAUCACCUCCUGCGCGCACCAUAGGAAGCAACGUCACCACUCUUACAACUAAUGGGGGACUGAAUGCUAUCCCUCCACCCCCUAAAAAUGCCCCAACUCUUGCCAUCCCCCCCAAACAACCCAACCAGAACCAGCUCCCCUCUCCCACUUCCCCUACACCCCCACCCCUCUCCUCUCCCACUUCCUCGGCUUCCUCUGCCAUCACAUCCCCAGCAGCCUCCACCUCUUCUUCUCCUGCUCCUCCUCCUCCUUCCACAGCCUCUGUAGCUUCCCCUCAGCCACUUACCAAUGCUCAGCAGCAGUCCCCCUCGGCAUCCAAAAUGAGUCCGAGCAGUGUGAUUAAGAAUUUCUUCAACCUCGUGCACUCGUCUAGGUCGUUCGUGCCGCCGAGUCGUGAUGAGGAGAGUGAGACUCAGAGGAAAGCCCAUGCCAAGAUGGUGCGAUCGACUCGAAGGUCCACGCAGGGAGUUACCCUAGAAGAUAUCAAAUCUGCCGAGCAGCUCAUGAAGAACAAGCAGCAGCAGCAGCAGCUUCAGCAGCAGGCGUCUACAUCUAGUCCAGAGUCCAAGGAAUCACCGUCCUCCACUCUCACUGUGUCCACCCCCACCACACAAGGCACACCCACAACUACCCCAUCUUCACCCUCAUCCAAGCCAAAGCCUGAGUCACCCACCAAACCCGAAGAAGAGGAGCGUCGGCCUUCCUGGAGGCUGAAGGUGGAUGAGACUGAUAAGAAUAAGUUUUCAUUGGAAAAUGUUCGAUCAAAAGACAAACCUGAAGUUGAAAAUGAUGCUGAAUCAGUCACAGUUCCACUACGUAAAAAGAAUUCUGAAGAGAAAGCAGAUGAAGAUAAAGAUAGCGAACGCAUUUCGCAAACACGGGAGGGCACCCAGGCUGCAAUCCAACGGCGAAAAAAACCCAAGAGGCGCUCCACAGGCAGGGUGCAAGUCAACAUGGAUGAGAUUGACCCUGAGAAGAGAGCACAGCGCUUGGCCGAGCAACAGCAACAGCCAGGCGAUGAAGGCAGCGAGGAGGAAGAGGAAGAGAAAGAUUCGUCUGUCAGCGAGCGAGGGGAGGCAUCCAAAGGAUCGACCACAUCUUUGGGAUCGACUAUCAAUAGUCGCCCAUCAUCAAGGGCUCCUUCCCUUGGGCCAGAGAAUGGCGACAUCGAUUACAAGAAGUUGUAUGAGGAACAGCUGGAAGAAAACUUCAGAGUUCAUGAACGCCUUCGAGACACAGAGUCUGAGCUGCGGCAAACACGAGAAGCAAUUGAUCUCAACAAUAAGAAGAACAACACACGUCUUGCAAUGGCUGAGGCGGACAAGCGGGAGAAGCGAGCCCUUGAACGCAAACUCUCAGAGAUGGAAGAAGAGUUGAAGCAAUUGCAAAAACUUAAGGCCGAAAACGAAAAGUUGAAGGCUGAAAACCGAGCCUUGACUCGGGUGGUGUCCAAAUUGACCAAUUCAGCCACAUCGGGCAUGGGUAACUUGGCCACCUUGAGCAAAUAGUUGCUGGAACAACUGAAGCAGGAGAAUCAGCGUUUGAAGGAUGAAAAUGGGGCACUCAUCCGCGUGAUCAGCAAACUGUCAAAGUAGUGAAAACACAGCUGUGAAUGUUACUGCAAAUGGAUGCUGCAGAUGAUUUGGUCUUCUGAUGAGAACCCCUCAAGCUGCAACCCAGUUGUUACAUAACUCUUGAGGAACUCUUUGGAUGUUCUAAAGCUUUCCUGCAAAACUGUGGGUGACUGUCAAGUCUUGCUGGGUGUUGUUCUUGCUAUUUAAGAAGUCCUAGUAGCUAUUCAAUAAGCUGGCUCACUGCCCAUGGCAUAUUCUAGGCUUAUCCAGUCACCAGAGUCUAGUGCCCAAGUAAAUGUUGUCACUGUGUGUAGGCCCAGUAUAUAUGGUGUAGGUGUUCAUACUGUGCCUCGUUAAUUGGCUGGUUUUAGUCUCAAAGCCUGAUGAAACAUUGUUAAUCUGAGAAUCAUGUUCCCUCAAAAACAAAAAUAAAUAGUAAUAAUAAUAAUAAUAAUAAUAAUAAUGAUAAUAAUAGUAAAGUUAUAUAUUGUUAAGUACUUAAAGUAUUGAUUGUUAUAAUGUGUUAGAAAUGUUAAUGCAUUUACAAUGCCAUUAUUAGUUGUUACAGGAAUCAAGCACUUUGGAAUAAUGAUGUCCAGAUUAAAGAGUUUCACUACAUAAUAGUUGCUCCUGAUGAUAGUGAUAGACAGGGAGAAGUUAGAGAGUGUAUACCUUUUAUGCCUAGUGGAUGCUGGCUGAGACAAAGUAACUAAUGAAGAGUCUCACUGCCAGGCUGAGAUGUGAAACUUUAUGUAAAGGAGUUCAGCCAUUGGAAGGGUUUCACCACGUCAAAACAACUCUUUUUGUAAGUGAAUUUGAGUCAGAAUAACUGCAAUGUGAUGGCUCAGGCUCACAGUUCAUGUCAUAAAGACAUUCUUGUUGUCCUUGUAACUUAGGACUGGUGUCCCAGCGGGCUAGACAAGUAGUCUGACUUGCAUGGAAAGAAUCCCAAUGACACACUCGGCCAGUGGCUCCACCUUUCCCCAAAGCCAAGUAAAAUGGAAAUUUAAAGUAUAUUUGUGUGUUUUGCUCUUGUUGUCUAAGCUUCACAUUUUCCACAAACUUUCCUAGUACUUUCAUUAUUUUUAUUUUUUAUUUUAUUUUUUCUUUUGUAAUUACAAAUACACUUUUAGUAUUGUCAGAACGUACCAGUAGCCAUUGAUUGGCUUAAAAGGAUGAACCUUUGUUGUCUGAGACCCAACACAUCAAUGGCCAAGGCCAGUUCUGCUUUAGCUCUGUGUCCUACAGUCAGUAUUUGCUUGUACAGUGCCCAUGCUGGAUGUGUGGAAGAUCUGCUGUACAUUUGAGCAGUGAUGUGUGAUUUGAGAAUUGUAACCAUUGUUGAUAAGUAAUUGGUGUAUAUAUUAUUAAAACUGGCCUUGUCAGUCACCAAAGCUACAAGCCAAGAUUGCUCUUUACUUAAAUGGUUAGCUUAUGCAUUUUCAAAAGUCAUGGUUACAAUCCUCAGGAACUUAACUGAAAAGCAAUGCUAAAAGGCACAGAAAUUCACUCAGUGCUGGAUGUAGAUUUGAACAUAAAUCAGAAGUCUGUUGAUAACCAUGUAUAUUCAAAGGUGUACAUAGAAAUGUCAAAUCCAUAGCAUAAAUGCAAUCAUGAUUAUAUAUAUUAUGUAAUGAAACAUUGACCUUAAUAAUAUUUUCUCACAUAAUACCAGGUUUGCAUUAAGGCUCUGUCAAGUGGAGAGCAUUUGAUUUGUAUCUUCUUCUUUUUUCCUCCUUUAUGGUGUUCAUGGUAAUGUUUUUUGUUUUAGCUUUUUUUUUCCUCAAAAGUCUUGAUUCUCAGUUCAAAUUUUCUUUACCAGGUUAUUGACUUCCACUUCAAGAAAAGUCUGGUGAAGAAAUUAUAUAAAAAUAUAUAUAUAAUCUAUUUAUUUUUUAUUAUUUAUUAUCAUUGUUUGAAAAUGUCUUCUAUCUGCUAAAUAAGAUGAAGUGUAACUGUGAUUUGAGAACAGUUAUAAAAUGAAGAAUAAGGUUGCCCAUGUUUUGCCAACAUGGUAAUUUUCCUUUAUCAUAUAGAAAAACACACAAAUAACCAUGUAAUUGAUUUUCAUACUGCUAUGUAAAUUGUUAAUAUCUUCUGUAAGAUUUUCCCUAUUGAAAAUUCUAAAUGUGAAAACUGCUAUGAUUGAACCAAUGUAGUAAUUUACAUUUUGAAAAAUGAUUGGAUCUUCUAUUACUCAGAUGGGUAAAGAAAAAGCCCUUAUCUUUUUCACCACUUCUGUUUUCUUUAUUUUUCUUUACUGUGUUAAAACAUGAUAUUAUUUAGCGUUUAUUGAACAGAAUAAUUAAUCUCAAGUUGGUCAUGAUUUGCUGCACAUCACCAAAGCGAUAAUACUCGAACAGGAUUCUUGUUUUAAAAGGAAAUACAUUAUAUGAAUUGGCUGCAUCUUUUUCCAAUCUUUUGUGACAGAUACACUUUUCUGUAAAUAUAUAUUCAUAUUUAUGCUCUCUUAUGGUGAUUGUCAGUAAUAAUUGCAGAAAACAACAAAUUAAGAUCUCUGCAAGUGCCUUAACUAAAAGCAGAUGUUACCAUGUAUAUUUUUAUGAUUUAUUUGAGUGUCAGUUCAUCAUUUCCUGUUGAGAAAUCAAUAACAUCUGUUAAUUUUUCUUUUCUUUUCUAUUUUUCUUUUUUUCUAUGAUAACCAAUGAGCCAAGAAAACAUAAGGAGAAGGUCUAAUAAAUGUCAUCAUAGUCAUAUAAUAAUUGCCUGAUGAGAUUCUGUGCCUUUGUUGAUAGAUUGAACAUGAGCUCAUUUGAGUAUGUGAAGACUUGCCUUUGUAUGCGCUGUUGUAAUCUAGAAAGUGUAAAAUAGCUUGCUGUAAACAUGCCUCUUUUGUAAAGCAAAAAGUGUAAACUGACACAAAGGUUAGUUUGAGAUAAAAAAAAAAAAAACCAAAAAAAAAAAAAAAAAAAAAAAAA